AUGGCUAGCGAAGCCGACCUUGUUCAAUUGAAAAAACGUCGCACCACAGUAAAGUCAUCCUGCACGCGAAUAAAAACGUACGUAGAUUCUGUUCAAGAAGUUACGCGGACGGUAAGGGCACAACUCGAGGAACGCAAAUUCAGGCUCGAACAAUAUUGGGCCGAAUAUGCCAAGUUGCAAAUGCAUAUAGAAUUAUUAAACGAGACAGAAGCUACCGACAGAACUACUUUCGAGGAUGCGUUCUACGAGUUGGCGUCCAAAAUACGAUACUUACUAGGACCCCCGAGCGUGUCGCGUGACAGUGAUAUUCCUUCCCAGACAACAUCGAACUCGCUCGAUACGUCGCGCCCGUCGUUAAACAUGCGAUUACCCAAGCUUGACCUUCCGAAAUUUACGGGAAGGUACGACGAAUGGUUCCCCUUUCGGGACACCUUUCAAUCCGUUAUUCACUCUAACGUUUCCCUCAGCGCAGUACAUAAGUUACAAUACUUAAGAGCCGCAACUAGCGACGACGCUCAUAAAAUAAUAAGUUCUCUCGAAAUAUCCGAAGACAAUUAUACGGUCGCGUGGAAUUUACUAAAAACUAGGUAUGACAACAAGCGCGUCAUAAUCCAAAAACAUAUAAAAGCCAUAGUCGAACUGCCGACUAUGAGUAAGGAGGAUGCGUGCGAGCUACGGCAAAUCACGGACGGGGCAGCACGCCAUCUUCAAGCGUUGAAGGCAUUAAAACGCCCGACGGAUAGUUGGGACGAUCCGUUAAUCUACUUACUUAGUGCUAAACUCGACGCGAAUACUGCUCGAGAAUGGCAAAGGUCACUGGCAGGCGAUGAGCUGCCAACAAUCAAACAAUUUUUCGAGUUUCUAUCUAGUCACUGUCAGGUUCUCGAAUCGGCACAACAAGCCAACAGCGUAACAGGUAAAGGUGCUAGCUCUAGAUCACACGCGAAUACCAAGCAAAAGACAUCUUGUCAUACAUCAGUCAAUGUGAAAUGUAACUUUUGUAAAGGCGAACACGCCAUUCAUCAAUGCAAGCAAUUCUUAGCACUCGCGGUCAAUCAGCGCAUAGAGAAUGCGCGCUCUCGCAAAAUCUGCUUAAAUUGCCUGCGAUCAACUGCUCAUACCGCUGUUAAAUGCCCGUCCGGGAACUGCAGAAUUUGUUCUAAACGGCAUAACACAUUAUUACACAUUCAAGCCGCGCUGUCUAAUCAAAGUGAGUCUACUGAGGCUUCUAAACAAGAGGCCAAGACGGACGCAAAUCCCACGCCUAAUAUGGCUAGCGUUGUGGUGACGCACUCUUCUAAUUCCGCCUGUAACCAACAGGCUCUUCUGUCCACAGCUAUUGUAACCGCGAUAGGUAAAGGUGGCUCGCAACACUCUAGCCGAGUUCUUCUCGAUUCGGGAUCCCAAGCUAACUUCGUAACAAAGGAUUUCCUAAACACAUUAGGAUUAGUCCCUCGAGUAAUGAAUAUGUCGGUAUCAGGAAUAAGCGGUACUACGGCUCAAUCCACGCAAGCGAUCCAAAUCAAAAUCCUUUCACGUAUAAACACCUUUUCAGUCGUCAUCGAUUGCAUCGUAGUCGAUCGAAUUACUGACGACCUUCCCGUAUUUACAAUGAAGCGAUCGGAAUUUAAACUUCCUCGCAAUCUCCCCUUAGCUGAUCCUAAGUUCCACAUUUCAUCUAAAGUAGAUAUGUUAAUUGGUGCAGAAACGUUCUGGAACACCCUGUGUGUAGGACAGAUCCGAGCGACACACGAACACCCACUACUACAAAAAACGAAAUUAGGAUGGAUUCUAGCAGGCAGGUUAAUCAAUCAUCCAGCGCACAUACAACGAGUGGCGUCACUUUGCGCCUCUGUAAGCAAUUCCGACUUGCACGAACAGCUCCAUAGGUUUUGGAAAAUGGACGAAUUUCGCGACAGUUCUAAAACAUAUACGCUUGAGGAACAACGCUGCGAGAAGCAUUUCGUAGAGACGACGACUAGAAACGACCAGGGUCGAUACAUAGUUCAUUUACCGAUCAAACAAGAAAUAUGUGCAGAGCUAGGCGAGUCGCGAACCAUAGCACUAAAUAGACUGCAUGCCUUAGAAAGACGUUUUGAUCGGGACGCACAGCUAAAAGAACAAUAUUCAAGGGUCAUACGUGAAUACGCGACUUUAGGGCACAUGCGGCCAAUAAUAGAAACCUCUUUACACGAGUCCGGUACGUACUACAUGCCUCAUCACUGCGUAGUAAAAGAAAACGCUAAAAGUACCAAACUUCGGGUGGUUUUCGAUGCAUCAUGCAAAUCCGAUAGCGGAAUAUCAUUAAACAAUUCAAUGAUGGUAGGGCCGGUCGUGCAGGAGGACCUCACAUCGAUUCUUUUAAGAUUUCGUACGUUCCGAUACGUAUUAGUAGCAGAUGUGGUAAAAAUGUACCGCCAGAUAUUGAUAGACCCGUCGCAAACAAGAUUGCAGAGAAUAUUAUGGCGUGACGACAAAGCGUUCAACGUGCAGGCGUUCGAGUUGGUCACGGUUACAUAUGGCACGGCGGCGGCCUCCUUUUUAGCAACAAGAUGCCUCGUGGAUCUUGCGGAUCAACAAGAGAAAGAACUCCCACUUGGGGCUUCUCGUAUAAAGCGCGAUUUUUAUGUCGACGAUCUGCUCACCGGAGCAGACUCUAAAACAGAGGCAAUAAACAUUCGUGACCAAAUAAUACAGAUACUAAAGUCAGGAUCUUUCGCACUAAGCAAAUGGGGCUCUAAUUGUCCGGAUUUAAUAAAGGGAGUCGACGGUCAUAUCGAUGGUCUCGUAACUCUCGACAAAGAAGGUAGCUUUCGCGUUUUGGGCAUCGCAUGGGACCAACGCGACGACGUAUUCCGUUUUUCCUUUAACCCUGAACAAUCCCCAGGAGUCUUGACAAAGCGAUCUAUAUUAUCAGAAGUUUCCAAACUAUUUGACCCUUUAGGUUUAAUAGGCCCUAUUACCGUACUCACAAAAUUAGUAUUACAGGACUUAUGGCGGGCAGGAGUAGAUUGGGACGAAUCCGUUCCCCAGGAGAUUCAUGAGAGAUGGUCACAAAUAAAACUGCAGUUAACCAAUCUCAAUCAGCUAUCGGUCCCUAGGCAAGUCAAGCAUCAAUUCGAACCAGAGCUCGUGCAAAUACACGGUUUCUGUGACGCGAGUGAACACGCGUAUGGCGCUUGCGUAUACGUCCGCACACGGGUGAACUCGAAUGAGUACGUUUCGCAUCUCCUGUUCUCUAAAUCCCGCGUAGCCCCUCUUAAGGCGGUUUCUUUGCCACGCCUUGAACUGGCGGCGGCAUUAUUGCUGUCCCAAACGAUUGAUAAGAUCAAAUUGGCAAUAGAUACAAGGGCUAUUAAAAUAUGUCUAUGGUCAGAUUCCACCAUAGCGUUAAACUGGAUAACCUCUCCUUCGCGUCGAUGGUCAGUCUUCGUUGCCAAUCGAGUAGGAGAGAUCCAAAGGUUAACAGAAAUCCCAAGUUGGCGACACGUUAGGUCUGCCGACAACCCGGCCGACAUCAUUUCGAGAGGGAUGCUUCCUAUUGAAUUAAUGCACUCGCGAUUAUGGUGGCAAGGCCCUUCUUACCUUACAUCGCCAGAAAGUCAAUGGCCUAGCGGCAACUUUAGUUUACUAAAGACGGGAAUGCCCGAACAAAAAAUAACUUGCGCGAUAAUAGCCUCUUCAAGUUCUAAUUUCGUAAACGAACUCAUCGACAAAUUUUCUAACUUAAAUAAGAUUUGCCGAAUCUUAGCCUAUUGUUCGAGAGUGUUCAAACCAAAAAACAAAAAACCUUUCACUGUAGAAAUAUCCCCGGAAGAGAAUUCUCACUCUCUGAAUAUUCUAUGUAAAACUAUACAAGUACAAGUCUUCGCGACUGAUUACGAAAGCCUAAAGCAAAAGCGUAGCCUCGGUAGCGCGAGCAAGCUGAUCUCUUUGUCCCCUUUCAUGAAUGAUGACGGGCUUAUAAGGGUAGGCGGCAGAUUGAAGAACUCGGCAUUAGCUUUCGAUGCCUGCCAUCAGAUACUCCUACCACGAAAUCACGCGCUAACCCGACGCAUUAUAGAAUACGAGCACUUACGUAACAUGCAUUGCGGCCUGCAAGCCACUAUGGCCGCGGUUCGCCAACGAUUCUGGCCGUUAUCUUUAAGAUCUGCUACUCGUAGUAUCAUAAACAAAUGUAUUACAUGCUUCAGGGCGAAACCAACAUCAUCCGAAGCACUGAUGGGUAAUCUGCCCACUCCUCGAGUCGCGGUUUCUAGACCAUUUUCGCAUUGCGGCGUAGACUAUGCCGGGCCAGUGACCUUGCGAGAAGGAAAUCGACGCAAUUCGCGCAAUCGCAAGGCCUACGUGGCCGUGUUCGUUUGUUUAGCAACAAAAGCGAUACAUUUAGAGGUGGUGGGCGAUCUUACCACCGACGCGUUCCUUGCGGCGCUUAAAAGGCUCAUAUCCAGGAGAGGCAAACCGGCGUGCAUGUAUUCGGAUAACGCUACUACCUUUGUCGGAGCUCAAAGACAAUUGAAGGAAUGGUACGAUUUUCUGUCAACAAACCAGGUGCAAACUUCUAUCGAACAUUUUUUACGCGAUCAUCACACGCAAUGGAGCUUCAUCCCUCCCAACGCGCCUCACUUUGGUGGCCUUUGGGAGGCGGCUGUCAAAUCAGCUAAGUUCCACCUGACUCGUAUAAUUGGUGGACACCACAUAACCUUUGAAGAAAUGCAGACUAUCUUGUGCGAAAUCGAAGCCAUUCUAAAUUCUCGACCUCUCGUGCCUUUGAGCUCCGAUCCCAACGACAUGUCAUAUAUAAGCCCGGGGCACUUCCUAACCGGGGCUCCUUUGAAUAGUUUCCCGAGUCCGGAGCUACUUGAUGUUAAUAUAAAUAGAUUGACACGAUGGCAAUUGAUAGAACAUAUGCGACAACACUUUUGGUCGAGGUGGAGUAAGGAAUACUUAAAUUCCCUUCAGGAGCGCCACAAAUGGCAACGUUCCAAGGGAUUGCAGCUGGAACCUGGUCGAUUGGUUCUAAUAAAACAGCCGGGAUUAGCACCACUACACUGGUUAACCGGACGAGUGGAGCGAGUUCAUUCGGGAACUGAUGGAAUAGCGCGCUCAGCCACGGUUAGAACUAGCAAGGGAUCAUACGACAGACCGUUGGCUAGAUUGGCUAUAUUGCCUCUAUAA